UGGUCUGCAGUAAGGGGAUCCGGUGUAUAAUUCUGAGCAGCCCCAGGUCCUGAGCCCAGCAAACACGUGCUGCGGUCGGGCGCGGGGAGGGCGCGCUUAGCCGAGGAAGAUCCCGGGCGGCGGAACGUGCUCGCGCCCGUCGUUGCCGCUGCCGGCGCCGCGGUCGCCCAACCGAGCGCACAUGCGCCCGCGGGGCCCGAGCAGAAGUGGAGCCCCUGCUCUCACGAAGAAAAUGGAGGACGAGCCACGGGUUAGGUGUCAGGAAAGGUGUGGGGCUUAUUAUGCCCUGGGAGAGGAAAGCAGGGAACAAGAGGCUCUGAGGGGCCGAGAGGAAGGAGGGAGGCCCACGAGCUAGAGCAGCCCGACGGCCAUGGAGGCUGAAGAGACGAUGGAAUGCCUUCAGGAGUUCCCUGAACAUCAUAAAAUGAUCCUGGACCGAUUGAAUGAACAGCGAGAGCAGGACCGCUUUACUGACAUCACCCUAAUUGUCGACGGACACCAUUUUAAGGCUCACAAGGCUGUUUUGGCUGCCUGUAGUAAGUUCUUCUACAAAUUCUUUCAGGAGUUUACGCAAGAACCUUUGGUGGAGAUAGAAGGUGUUAGUAAAAUGGCCUUUCGCCAUUUAAUUGAGUUCACAUAUACAGCAAAAUUAAUGAUACAAGGAGAAGAAGAAGCCAAUGAUGUAUGGAAAGCAGCAGAGUUUCUACAAAUGCUAGAAGCUAUCAAAGCCCUUGAAGUCAGGAACAAAGAAAACUCAGCUCCAUUAGAGGAAAAUACCACAGGAAAAAAUGAGGCCAAAAAAAGGAAGAUUGCAGAAACUUCAAAUGUUAUCACUGAGUCAUUGCCAUCUGCAGAAUCAGAACCUGUUGAAAUUGAGGUAGAGAUUGCCGAAGGCACCAUUGAAGUAGAAGAUGAAGGCAUCGAAACAUUAGAGGAAAUGGCUUCUGCCAAGCAAUCCGUAAAGUACAUACAGAGCACAGGUUCCUCUGAUGAUUCUGCUCUAGCACUGUUGGCAGAUAUUACCAGCAAGUACCGUCAAGGUGACAGAAAAGGGCAGAUAAAAGAAGAUGGCUGUCCAUCUGACCCCACGAGCAAACAGGUAGAAGGUAUUGAAAUUGUGGAACUUCAGCUGUCACAUGUGAAGGACUUGUUCCAUUGUGAGAAAUGUAACCGUUCAUUUAAAUUGUUUUACCAUUUUAAGGAACACAUGAAAUCACACUCCACUGAGAGUUUCAAGUGUGAAAUAUGCAAUAAACGGUAUCUUCGAGAGAGCGCAUGGAAACAGCACCUAAAUUGUUACCACCUUGAAGAAGGUGGAGUCAGUAAGAAGCAAAGAACUGGGAAAAAAAUUCAUGUAUGUCAGUACUGUGAGAAACAGUUUGACCAUUUUGGACAUUUUAAAGAACAUCUUCGAAAACAUACAGGUGAAAAACCUUUUGAAUGUCCAAAUUGUCAUGAACGAUUUGCUAGAAAUAGCACUCUUAAAUGUCACCUCACUGCAUGCCAAACUGGAAUAGGGGCAAAAAAAGGAAGGAAGAAACUCUACGAAUGCCAGGUCUGCAACAGUGUGUUUAACAGCUGGGACCAGUUCAAGGAUCACUUGGUGAUACACACUGGAGAUAAACCCAACCAUUGUACUUUAUGUGAUUUGUGGUUUAUGCAAGGAAAUGAAUUAAGGAGGCAUCUCAGUGAUGCUCACAAUAUUUCAGAGCGUCUAGUAACAGAAGAAGUUCUUUCAGUAGAAACACAUAUGCAAACUGAACCUGUAACAUCAAUGACUAUUAUAGAACAAGUUGGGAAGGUGCAUGUGCUACCAUUGCUUCAGGUUCAGGUGGAUUCAGCACAAGUGACUGUGGAACAAGUCCAUCCAGAUCUGCUUCAGGACAGCCAGGUGCACGAUUCACACAUGAGUGAGCUUCCAGAGCAGGUCCAAGUGAGUUAUCUAGAAGUGGGCCGAAUUCAGACUGAAGAAGGUACUGAAGUACAUGUAGAGGAGCUGCAUGUUGAACGGGUAAAUCAGAUGCCAGUGGAAGUACAAACUGAACUUCUAGAAGCAGAUUUGGACCAUGUGACCCCAGAAAUCAUGAACCAAGAGGAGAGAGAGUCUAGCCAAGCAGAUGCUGCUGAGGCUGCCAGAGAAGAUCACCAAGAUGCUGAGGAUUUAGAGACCAAGCCAACAGUGGAUUCUGAAACUGAAAAGGCCGAGAAUGAGGACAGAACAGCUAUGCCAGUUUUAGAAUGAAAUUACACAUGAAUAUAUUUUUAAAUUUAUUUGUUGGGUUUUUGAACUGAUUAUGGGCAGUAUGACUGUCCUUAAGCCUAACAGACAAGUGGACCAAAGUUAAGCUGUUUCCUGUUGUGCUGAACUGUUUCUGUUGAAACACAUUGAUUCCCCUCCCCCUACUUAAUGCCACAGAGGAGGGAUCUUUUCCAUAACUGAAGGGGAGUUUUGAGAAGUAUAUUUCUGGAAACUUAAAUGGAUUAUAUUCUUAUUAUAUAGUUGGGUACGAAUGUAUCUAUUUUCAUUGUGGUAAAAGUUCUUUUCUCUUUCCCAGGUCAUGUUCUUCCUCAAAUUUUUUCCAUAUUGUAAAAUCAAACUUAAAUCAUUAGAAUACAAGUUUAUGUAUUCUAAUGCAUGUUAGAAAAUUGAAUAAUAUAGGAAACACAAGGCUGCAUGAUGAAAAGUGCAUUGUUACUGUGCAGUAAAUUUUGGCUUCUGGCUUUCUUUAGUUUGAACAAACGUUCUUGUCUACCCCAGUAGUAACAGAUGCCAUCUCUGCAACAGAAAGAGUGGUGGUGGCAAAAGUUCUAGAAUGUUAAAAAAAAAAAAAAAAAAAAAAAACACAAAACACACCCAUGUGCCUUCUCAAAACCAACUAAACUUCUAUAAAGCAUCUCUGGUUCUUUCAAAGUUUAUGUUGUAAGGAGCAAUGUAGAUGAUGCUGUAAUACUUUAUAUUUUUGCUUAUAAUGACAGCCACCAGUUCUUUUUCCACUUAGGUUGAGAAAUUUUAUUUAAUGGCCACUGAAGGGCCAUUUUCAAUUGGGAAAAUGUAUUUACAUCUGUGGUAAACUUUAUUUUGAUGAAAAGUUGCACUAGUAUUUUACCACCAGAUGAAAAAAAGAUGAGCAGCAUUUAAAAAUUAAUGUAUUUAAAAUAAAGUACAGAGAAAGACAUGUAUAUAAUUAUCAGGCUUUGUUUUGAAUGGAAUCUUUCCCCCCGAUCCUUAAUGUAAAGAUCUUGUGCUAUAACUUUUAAAGCCAUACAAAUAAGAGUGCUAAACUGUGGACUUAAAAGUAGGUGUGUAAAUAUUUUUAAUCAGUAUUACUUGGAAAAUAAAAUAUAACAAAC